AUGCCUCAGCUAUUGAAAAGAUUAGCGUUUCAAGUGGGUUCUGUGCCCAAUGAAAGAACCACAACUUUUACCAGCAUAUCAAACGAUGGUCAUCACAUCUCUUUGAGGCCACUAGUCAAUUUGAAUUCAACAUCCGAGGAGGAAUUCCCAUUUGAAUGGGUUUUUGCAGGUUUAAAUACCGGUGUUAGAGUGGUACCUAUUAGUGAAGGAGUUGUUGAACAAGAUUUUAAUUUUUGGCUCGAUACGAAUUGUUACUUAAACUUGCCUAAUACCCAUAGAGGUGAAGUUAAAACAAUUUGGACACAAUGGGAUUCGGGAUCAGUAGCUGAAAAUGGUGAAGUCUUCCCCAAUGGUCCUGACAAUCCAGGCGUACCAUUUUUUGAAUUAUGGCAUCCAUUGGAUCCCAACCGUGUGGAACAAGUCUUGCUUAACGACCCAUUGACAACUGCGGAAGCGACCAAGGCACGUUCUAUUGUUUUCAAAGUUAGAGAAGGUCAAGGUUAUGAUGGAUUAGUUAUCGUAACCGGUAGAUGGGCUCAAGGAUUUCUAAGUAAGCAAGGGGAUGCUACAGUUGAUGGAUUAAACUUCUUGAGGACUAUUGAAUUAGAAGAUGGUUCGAGAGAGGCACUCGUUCUUUAUGGUUCUGAUGCUGAAAAAUUUCCACAGGAAUAUCUUGGGUAUGAAUCAGGUGCUCAUGUUGAAGUUCAUGGUCUCAAGUGGGACGUUAUCGAAUCCAAUUAG